CGCCGAGCGGGGUCUCUCGAGCGGGCUCCUGGGAGCGGCCCCGGCAUGGUGCCCGCGCGGCCCCGCGUGAAGAGCGAGUACAUGAAGCGCUUCAAGGAGCCCAAGUGGGAGUCGUGCGGCCCCUGCUACCAGGAGCUGCUGCGCUACCGCCUCAGCCGCCGCCUGCUGGAGCAGGCGCACCGGCCCUGGCUCUGGGACGGCUGGGAGCCCGACAGCAGCGGCAGCAGCGCCGGCUCCCCCUCGCCCCCCAGCGCCAGCCCCCCGGCCGCGCAGCAGCAGGAGGCGGCAGCGCCAAGCGCGCCCGGUCCCGGCGGCAGCAGCCGCGUUGGGGAGUUGGGAGCAGCGGGGAAGGCGAGCCCGGCGGAGCCCCUGCGCGCAGCGGAGAAAGAAACAGAGGGAGACAACCAAGAAAAAGUUGCAGAACAGACAUUGGUAAAAGAAACUGACAAAUCAACCAGCCGUACAGGACAACAUCCAAAUCGAAGUGCCUUGUCCAGUCGGAACGAUCGAAGAUCAGCUAAAAGUCCUCAAAGGACAGAUGCAGCAAAGGAGCAUAAACAUCCAUUUGCUUUAUAUGGCUGGGGAGAAAAACAUACAGAUACAGGGAGCCAGAAAACUCACAACGUCUGUGCUUCUGCUUCAGUGCAGGAAAUUCAUGAGUCUGCACUACGAGCAAAGAACAGAAGGCAAGUGGAGAAAAGGAAGUUGUCUCAAAAGCGAGUGCACUCUGCAGAUGUGGAUCGAACCUGGAGAGUAAAGCCUUCCCUGCCAGAUAAUCCCUGGAUGACUGAGUACAUGAGAUGCUACUCAGCAAGAGCUCGGUGAAUCAAAACUUGCUUGGACAUCUUUCUAGGUUAAAAAAUAUUUAUAUUAGAUCAGGACAUUGGUGCAAACUACUUAUGCAAAGUUUUUAUAGGGGGUUUCCAGCAGUCAGUUAUAAUCGUUUGUAUUUUGGCUACCUACCUCAUCAGUAGAGUGUAGAGCUGGAGCCAUAACAUUUGAUGUUUUUAAAUAUAGUUCCUUAAAUUUUUAAAUAUUUCUCCUUUUCUGAAGUCUUUUUAAGAGGCAUUUCAAUGGACCUUUUGAGAUGAUGAUUUCAAAAUACUGAAAGUCUAAAUUUUUCAAAAUCUAUUAGAAUUGGUUCAUUUCACAAACUUUUAACUGCCCCUUCAAAAAAAAAAGGGGGGGGGCUUAAUUCAAAUCAUGUGAUCAUGGUGAUGUUGGAAACCUUUCCUAGGGUGUGGUGUAUGUGCCAUUGUAUUUAAAAUACUUGAUUCAACACCUUCAAAAUACCAUUUAGAUUACAAUAUCCAGCCUGGAAGCCAGUGGCUCUGAGACACAAUGAAUACCGGCCUAAUGAAGACAGCUGUUAGGGGUUGUCUGCUACAUAUUGGAGACUUUUUUAAAAACUUGGUAAUAUUUCUCUAAACUUUCAGUAAUUAUUGAAUCAUGCAGAUAUUCUUCAAUUGUUUCAUUGCUGUUUUAAAAUGUCAGUGGAAUAGAUUAAUGAUCCAGUUGUUGUGGCAAUUUAUUUUCCAAGUGAAAAGUCACUGGAUUAAUUUGCAAUUACUGUGACUAUUACACCAAAUGACUGAUGUAGACAAUCAUUAUCUGAUGGCUGUUAGUCAAUAGUUGCUUGCUGUACCACUCUUGACCUGACAACCUCAUACUGAGCUAGUAAAAACACCCAUUUUAUGCUUAAUCACUUUGAUACCAGCCUCUCAAUGGAGACUGUAUAUAUUUCAAAAUAUACUUUGACCAGACACCAGCUGAUUCAUUAGUGAAGUCUUGUUUAUUUUUAAUGUUUUGUAUCUGGAGAGUGGAGAGUGUAUUUCACUGGUAUGCAUUCCAUUUGGUUUAGUAUGGUUAAUACUUAGAGGUUUUAAAUUUGUAGAACAAUUUUGAUAAACAUUUACAAAUGAAGUUUUCAUGGGGUCAUAUCUGUCCUGGAGGCAUGUUCAUAACUUCCUGCCAAGGGGAAAGAAAAUAAACCCCUUAGUAACUGGAGACUAAUGAAAUCUGUGGCUAUUUUUACUUGGUUGGCUGUUUUUUGUACAACAUAAGACUGGCAGUAAUUGAUGUUGGAUCCUCAAUUUGUUUCUUUACUCAGUUGUUCUAAAUGGAAUUCUUUUAGUUUUGUAGUAAAUGUGAGCUUAAACAGAUCCUUGCAGUAGCUGUGUGCUUUUUGAGAUCUCUUUGAAGUGCAGUGGUGGUAAUGUAAUAGUUCUGAGGUUCAUUCUUUACAGGCUGCUUUGGGAUCAUGGACAUCGCUUGAUCACAUUUAACACUUCAGAUUUUUUUUAAACAAGACUUUUAAAAUCUAUUAUGAGAAAUGUUAUGCCCCUAUUAUUGGAAGUGUAGUAACAGUGUGUUUAAUGCAUUUGACCAGUCUGCUUAACUUCACUGUAGUGAAAUGCAGAAAAUAAAGUAAACAGCAAUAAGUAAACUGGAAUCCAAAAAUCUAAAGUUAGUAGUAAUAUAGGAGUUGGUGUGAUUCAGUCUAGAAUAGUCAGGCUUUCCUCAAUGAAAGCCUGGCUUAAACUAGCCA